AAAUUAUUAAUGAGGAAGAAGAUGCAAGCCAGGAGAGGCUGCAGCAGUUUGUUUUUGCCUGAGCCUACUGGGAAGAGAAAGAGUCUGCCUCCUCCUGUCUUCUCUCCUCUGGAACCAUGAGCCGUAAAGUCGUGAGGUCCAGCAAGUUCCGCCAUGUCUACGGACAGCCAGUCAAGGCUGACCAGUGUUAUGACGACAUCCGUGUUUCUCAGAUGACCUGGGAUGGGAAUUUCUGCUCGGUCAACCCCAAAUUCCUGGCCAUAGUCGUGGAAGCCAGUGGUGGGGGAGCCUUCUUGGUCUUGCCAUUGACAAAGACUGGUCGCCUGGAUAAAGCCUACCCAGUGGUCUCAGGGCACACAGCUCCUGUCUUGGAUGUGGAAUGGUGUCCUCACAAUGACCAUGUUAUUGCGAGUGGAUCUGAGGACUGUACUGUUAUGGUCUGGGCAGUGCCUGAAGUUGGCCUCAUACGGUCCUUGAAUGAACCCCUGGUGACCCUUGAAGGCCACUCCAAGCGGGUGGGGAUUGUCACAUGGCACCCGACAGCACAGAAUCUCUUGCUGAGUGCAGGCUGUGACAAUGUGGUGAAAGUCUGGGAUGUGGGUGUGGGGCAAGCACCUCUCUCAUUGGACGAGCUACAUCCAGACGCCAUUUAUAGUGCAUCUUGGAACCAGGAUGGGUCUCUGCUAUGCACGGCCUGCCGUGAUAAGCGCGUCCGAAUUUUUGACCCACGGGCAGGAGGCACCAUUGCCAAUGAACUCCCGCGCCCACAUGAGGGGUCACGUCCAGUCCGGGUUGUUACAGUCAAUGAUGGCAAGUUGUUCACGACAGGCUUCAGCCGCAUGAGUGAGCGUCAGGUGGCACUGUGGGAUCCGAGGAAUCCUGAGGAGCCACUGACUCUCCAAGAACUAGACACAAGCAGCGGAGUCCUCCUUCCUUACUAUGAUCCAGAUACCAAUGUAGUUUAUCUGACUGGCAAGGGCGACAGCAGCAUCCGCUAUUUUGAGCUCACAGGAGAAGCUCCCUUUGUGCACUACCUGUCUAUGUUCAGCUCCAAAGAAUCUCAGCGAGGAGGGGGCUGGAUGCCUAAGCGAGGCUUGGAUGUCAGCAAAUGCGAAAUUGCCAGGUUUUAUAAACUCCAUGAGAGGAAAUGUGAACCCAUUGCAAUGACUGUACCUCGAAAGUCAGACCUGUUCCAGGAAGACUUGUAUCCAGACACAGUUGGCCCUGAUCCUGCACUGACAUCUGAGGAGUGGCUGUCAGGGAAGAACGCCAGUCCCAUCCUCAUCUCCCUCAAGGAUGGCUACACUCCUCAGAAGACCCGAGAGUUCAAGGUUAAUCAGACUCUCCUUCAAGGACCCAAAAGAAGUCAUGAAGGGACACCACAUGGGAGUCCAGCUUUAGACCAGCUCUCUGAGGACCUGAAGCGACUGCAGGCCACGGUCUCACAACAGGAGCAGCGCAUCUCAGAGCUAGAGAAGAUUGUGAAGAAAUAACUUAAUGUCUUCCAUUCAACCAAUCCUGUUUGCCAUCAGUUACAUUGGACUUUGUUCACUGGUCUUUUUAUUUUUUAAAAGCCUUUUGUUGUACUGUGGGUGGAUCCUCAGGGCAUUAUUAAGUUCCACCUACCCCAAACUCAGGUCAGAAACUAAGCUUGCCAGUUCCAGAGAGGCCCUCCUUUUUGGUUAGCCAGGUUCACUGGUGUCUUGGUUCUGCUUGGGCAACAUUAAAUACACAUCUCCCUCAUUCUAAAGCCCCAGGGAGUCGGGGAGAGGCAGGCAGCCAUCUCCUAGAGGCCUGAUUGUAUGCAUGUACUUUUCUACAUUAUUUGCUUCUCUCCUUCCCCGUUUCUUUUGGAAGUGCUGCAAAGGGCCUUCAUUUGAGGUCAGGUGCAGAGCUUGGGGGUGCCACAUUUUGGAGUAUACUUCCUAGAAUCUCCCAGCCAGCAUGGCCACCAUUGCAGAUUCUUGGAGCUGUAAUCCAAAAAAGGAACCUUUCCAACCUCUGGCAUAGGUUGCAUCUUAACUUUUCAUAGAAUUUUCAUGUUUUAUUGAUCCACGGUACAUUUUAGUUUUAGUAACAUUUUUUAAAAAACCUGCAAGUAUUUCUAAAAGCUGCAGAUGGCAAGAAUCGUCUUAAAGAGGCAUCUACUCUUGUGUGAGAAAUGGGGGCUAUUUCUUAAGACAUGUGCUGCAAUCUGUCUGCAUUGCCUAAUAAAGUUUACUUGUUUCUUUAGAACUAUUGUCAUGUGCAAUAGUUUUAUGCAAAUAUUCAAUUUGGUGAAAAUAUAAAUCAAAUCCAAACAGUCAAUCAAGAUUUCUUAAAUUGUGUAAUUAAUGCUCAUGUUUGUCUGAUAGGUUUUUGAUACUUGUUAACUUCGUUAUUAACUCACAUAUUAAUUCUGGGAAGGGUGGGCAGUAGAAUUAACCAUAUAUUAAACAAUUCUCGCCCUCCCAUCUUUAAUGCAUUAAAAUGAUGCAAGCACAUUUGAUACCAAAUGAAAGCGAAAAAGACAAAUCUAUUACCAUGCUAUUCCAACAUGAAAUGAUCUUAUCUCUGCCAACCUUCAGCCACUGGAGGGCAGCACUCUUCUUUUUCAUUAAGCUGCCUACUUGCAUUAUUUUUCAGUAAGGAUGCAAGGGCAAUGAUUAGCCCAGAGGUUUAGGAAAGUAUCUGUAUCCACAAGCAAGACAGGAGUGCAAUAGCAUCCUUCUGCUCAGGUAGCAAAGCCUGGAAAAGCUACUUUUCUGGACAUCAGCUCCCAGACUCCUCAGCCAAGCUGUUCUCAGGUAUCCUAGCAACUUAUAUUUAGAGGAAGACCAUCUCUUAUACUGGAGGCAACAUGAGUAUUAGCUAUGGGUAGCCUUCCUUUUCACAAAUUUGCCUGGUUCCCAUUAAAAGUCAUGGCUAGUACAUGAUCAAGUAGCAGCAAAUCAUAUAACCAUGAGCUAUCCCUUUGUCAGCUUCAGCCUUCUUUCUAUAUUAGAGCAUGGGUGGGUAAAUUCUUGGGGCUAUUUUUGUCCCCUCUGUGUGUGGCACAAUAGAAAUAAUGUGACAUCAGUUCUGGUUCCCAUGUCAGUCAGUCUGGAGCUGAAAUUUGAGGUUUCUUGGUGGCAGGUGGGGGAGGACAGAAAAAAAAGGCAAACCUCUGUAUUUGUGACCAGUUCAGCCCCCAAAAGAAAAAUUAAGGGUGUUCAGAGGAUAGAAUGAGUGUUGUGGACUUUAGAGGCUGCAUGCAGCCCAUGAGUCACACAUUUUCUACCCUUACAUUACACUCAGGAUGCUGUUUGGCUGCAACUCUCAGGGAUCCCACAUCCUUAAGUAUUUGUUGUUGCUGUGUGCCUUCAAGUCAUUUCUGACUUGUGGCACUCUUACAGUGAACCUACCAUGCUGAACAAAAAAAAGGCAGAAUUCAAUCACAGUGGGAAAGGUCAGCCUUUCAAAACCUGGUUCCAUCCACAUGGCUUGGGCUGCAGUGCCAAUGGCUAUACUGGCUGGUGAAGGCUUAAAAUAGAACAGAGGUGAGCAAGUGGUCUUCCAAAGGUAACUCCUAAUAUCCCUAGCCAGUGAUAUGGAAAGCUGCGUGAGCAGUUCACAAACAUGGGGAAGGUGGGCCUUUCCCCACUGAUAAGAGAAUCAAGCUUUAGAGCAGAAGGGAUACAAGUUGGAUUGACAAAUAUACACACAGAAAUGUUUCAUUUUUUUUAAUUUUCUGCCUCAUGCUCUUUCAAGUCUACUUAGGACUCUCACUGGAGAGCAUAGAUGGGUCCCACCUCCACAGCAUUACAUUCAUUCCAUUUCCAUCUCUCCUCUCCUCUUGCAGUAGAUGUUUUGGUCCAAUCUCUGGCCUGCUGCUUUUUAGUCCAGAGGGAAGGGACAGAGCUACAUCUAUCACUUAGCUUCUUGUUCCUUCGCCCACUGUUCUGGUGUCAGUGUUCUCUGUUCAAAGGCAUGGAUAUGCUUCAGCUCCUCAGAUAAGAGUUCAUUGACCAGGCUAGUGAAGGUGAAGUGAAAACGAAGAGAGGGAAAAAAAAGGAAAAAUUCAUUUUCUGGUACUUUUACUAUUGCCAGACUCUUUAAGUCGGUUUCUCAAGUCCCUACCUCAUCAUUUUUAACUAUCAGCAACAAUAUUUGACAAACGCUAUGAAAUAAAUAGAUGUUAAAGGGGCUAUGUCUGUUAACAAUCACAUGGAGUGGAAAUGCAUUGCCAUUGUGUAGUUCAGGUUGAGGUGGGUGAAUCAAUUCCUAAGAAUAAAUUGCUUCAUCCAUUUAGAAGCAAUCCCAACUUCUGCUGAGGGUUAUCUAACAGACGUUAGAAAAACAGUGGGAUGGAAGUACUGCUCCAUCAAUGGAGAGAAGUUGUAGUUGACUGUCUUUCAUUGGAACAUACUGUAAAAAUAUAUAUAAAAUACAGUUAUCUGAGCUCUUAAUAUGUUAAGUUUUCAGUGCCUUCUUCUUUUCAUAAAAUUUACACAAUGUAAAGGAAGUCUGUGCUAUUGACCUGUCACAUGUUAAAAUAUUUGCAAGUAUAUCAAUAAAAAUAAUUUCCAAGUAA